GCCAAUUCAGCGGAUCGUGAGAUAGGAAGUUGACGGUCGAGAACGAACUCCAGCGAGGGAAACGACUUGUAGCCGCAUAUGCUUCCGCUCGAACGUGGCGCAGAGAGUGGCGAGUCGUCACUACGCACCAGAGUAACAAGAGCGUGGAAGAGGUCUUUGCUGCCAGGGCGCUGCUUAUUCGACCUGCGCUCAGGAAAGGAAUCGUUCCGCGCACCGAUAUUCGUUCCUGCGCUCGAUGAGCGCCGGCUACCGUGGCGGCGAUGCCCUCCGCCGCCUUAGGCACGCUCGAGGCGAGCCCUCGCAGUGUAGCUCGCCACCUUGCCCCGCUUCCAUGGGCGCUGCGAAAACUUCUUGCUCUUCCUUCCUUCCUUUAUUUAUUAUUAUUUUUUUUUGCUUUCUCAUCUCUUUCAGCCCGCUCGCCUUAAUGCAGCGCGCUUUGUCUUUGCUUGUUUUCGUUUACGGGCCCCUUCUAGCUCAUCUCGUUUACUGGACCUGAAGGAGAAAGAGGAACUGCUAUAACUCUAGCGCGCUGUCACGUGAUGCCUGCAGCCAGUAGCUGCAAUCCAGCAGCGGCAUGCGUCGGGAACGGGUCUCGUACAGCGGCAAUCCCACCACUGCAAACUGCGCUUCUCCUCGCCCAUUCCUGGCCUGCCUGAGGAAACACGCCGCGUACAACCAUGAGGCUCGCCGCCGCGGCUUUUUUUUUUUUUUCUUCUUUUUGUGAGUGUGUGUGUGUGUUUCUCGCUAACAUAAGACAAAAUAAAAACUGCGGCGAGAGAUGGAGGAAGGCUGAGAGCGGGGCGAGCGGAAGUUUGGUCAGCGCAGGCGGGGAGGAUCGUGCGGGCCGCCUGUGAAUCCCGCUGCUCCUGCGGAGCAUCUUUGCCGGAUUUUUUUUGUUUUCCAAGUAAGAUACAGAUUCUUCGCCGUGGUCGGCGGCCUCCUUUCCUGUCUCUCGUUUCUUCGGCAACGUCGUCGCGGUGCUGUCGCGUCGCGUCGCACUGUGUGUGUGUAUGUGUGUGCGCGUGUGUGCGUGCGUGCGUGACGUCUUCGGGGCAAACAGCGAGUGACUCCUCCUCUCAGCGUCUCCGUAGCUGCGACGGCACUCAUCGUUCCGCUCUGUCGCCGCAUUUGCCAUAUCAUCGUUGGCGGUCGCGCCACCCUUGGCUGAGCCGGCCCAGAAGUGUGUGCUUGCGCCCACCGGUGCGCUCCGAUUUCGGUGUGCCGCGUUCGUUCUCUGGAACAGAACAGCACAGGACCUGGUUGUGUGCGACCGCGCCGUCGCCUUCGACGCUUGCGAUCACCUUGUGCCGCAUACUAGAUCGCCCUUCUGUUCUUGCCUGCGCCACCUUUAUCCAGCGAUAGUCUGCACGGACGCCGAAUUCUUCUUGGACGGACUGGGUGCACAUAAAUGGGAUGCCUUUCUGGAACUACAUCGGGCUGUCCUUCCUGGCACUCAUCCUGCUGUCGGGGAGGCUGUACGAGGCGAGCAAGGAGAUCGCCUUCCUGCGCGUGGUGCUCGCAGCAUGGAUGCCCUCCGAGUCGGACCUCUUGAUGGGAGGCGGCGACGACCACAAGAGCCUCGUCUUGGACCGCACACGACAGACGCUGACGAACCUCAAGGGAGACCUCGAGGCCUUCCUGCUGGAACUGACGUCGGCGCGGACGACGCUCGCCCUGAGCGUGGUGUUCGUGAUCAUCUACAUUCUCAGCUGGUGGUGGAUGGCGUUCGCCCUCAAGCAGGCCAAGGAUGACGGUAGCGUAUCCUUGCGGACGGUGCUGCUUCUGUCCGUGUUUGCAGCCGUGGAUAUCGCUGCCAGUACCGGCUUCGUCCUACUACGAAUUAUUAUGUACGUCAUGCGAGACCGCCUCUACCCGAUGACGAUGCGAACGCCAUAUAUCACUGAAGCGGACCAAUUCGCUGCCUUCACCGCGCUACGACUGGCGACACUAAAGUCAAGCUGCGGGACUACGGACGUGCUCGUGUCUAUCGUUGUGGGCUUCCUGACCGGGCUACGGAUAUACAGCGUGGCUUGCGUCAUCUCAUUUUACAAGAAAGCCAAGAACGGUGGCUUGAGCGCCUUUCGUAAAGAGUUGUCCAACAACGCGGACUACUUUUCCGAGAGGCUGGAGCGGCUGAAGGACGUCGAAGACUACGUGCCUAAGCCUAUGAUAGCACCUAUGCAAAACGGACGACACAAGUCCUCGUUCUACGUGAACAGCCGUCCCGCAGGCGGAGGCGGCUCGGAGCGGGGCGGCAUCCUCGGCGCCGGAGUCGGCGGCGCGCGCCUGACAUGCGUCACGCCCACCGCGUCCACGGUAUGCGGUGGCGAGGAAAACCCCGAGGUGAAGAUCCAGGCGGCAGACAUGCCGCAGGAGAUGCAGCGCGCCGCUGUCGAGUCAGCCACGCAGGCCGUCAAGCUGUACUCGACUGAGAAGCACGUUGCCGAGAGCAUCAAGCAGGACUUCGACCAGAUGUUCCAGCCGACGUGGCACUGCGUAGUGGGGCGCAACUGGGGAAGCUGCGUCACACACUCCAAGCAGUGCUAUGUGCGAAUGGCCUACCGGGACAUGACUAUCCUGCUCUAUCGCUCUAUCUAAGCGUCCGCGAAUCCGGCAUGGAGCUGACGAGUUACACAGACGCUUGCAAUUAUUUCUUGGGACAAACCCUCCGGCUAGCUCUGACGCCUAGUUAGCACUGGGUUGUUGGGGGCCUGUGCUGGGACCGUUGAAUACAAUGAGAAAAGGUUAUAUAUUACGCGUUCCUACAGUGGGCCCACAUAGCCUGUCGCUCAUUUUUGGCGCGUGAGCACUAGAGUGUCUCGGCGCAUAGCCAGUCGCCUAAAUGACCACCAGUGCUCCUUGUUCUCACUAGUGCUGUGAAGUACCUGUUACGUGAAGUACUAUGCAGUUAGACGCUACUCUUAUAGCCUAAAGCUACGUCAGCUUUUAUGUCGGGGCUAAGUGUUUAGCUACCCAAGACAAAUUGGGUCAGAAUUGGCUCAAGAUUUCUGGU